AUGAUUGCAAACUAUGUUCUUUGUGCAUAUCAGCCAUUGAUUGCUUCAUCAUCUCCAAGAAAUUCAUCUAAUAUUCCUAUGGAUAUUCCAAAGUUGAAAUACGAAGAUUUAUUAAGUUUAAUCGCUAUUACUCAAAACUUUCUUCAAUCAGAACCGACAUUAUACAGACUCAAUGAUAAUUUCCUUAUUGUUGGAGAUCUUCAUGGAAAUCUUAGAGAUCUCUUAAGAAUCUUUGCAGCGCAUGGUCUUCCUCCUAAUCGUAAAUACAUUUUCCUUGGAGAUUACGUCGAUCGUGGUGAAUUUAGUAUAGAAGUCAUUACUCUGCUCUUUACUUUGAAACUUUUAUAUCCUGACCACGUUUAUCUCAUUCGAGGCAACCAUGAAUUUUCAGAUAUCAACGCUGUUUACGGAUUCAAAAACCAAGUACUUGCAGAAUAUGACGAGAACAUUUACAAUCAAUUUAAUGAAGCGUUUUCAUAUUUGCCUUUAGCUUGCGUUUUAAAUGAUUGCUACUUCCUUGUGCAUGGAGGAAUAAGUCCACUCCUUAAAAGCGUUGAUGAGAUCGAGUCCGUGAAAAGACCUAUUAAUUCAUUAUACGAUCCUAUAGUUUAUAGAUCUUUUAUUCCAGAUAUAUUAUGGAGCGACCCUGGUGAGGCAGAACUCAUGUAUUUCAAGAAUUACCGUGGCUUUGGUAAUUAUUUCGGAGCUGUUGCUGUGAUGAAUUUUUUACGCGAAAACAACAUAAAGAGAAUCAUCAGAUCUCAUCAAUGCGUUAAUGCCGUUGAGCAACAUCACGGAGGAACGGUUGUUACUGUUUUCUCUACAAGUAAUUAUUCCAAGAAAUCCAAGAAUUCCAGCGGAAUUUUGGAGGUCAACGGAUAG